AUGGUCCUGCUGGAGGAGGAGGAGGAGGAGGAGGAGGAGGAGGAGGAGGAAGAAGAAGAAGAAGACGCUGAUAUUCAGACCAAAUGGAAGAAGUGACGCUAUUGAAUGUACACGUUGGUAGCACCUAGGCCGAGUUGAUGGCUAAGGCGAAAAAAUUCGAAGUUUGCCUCCCGAAAAAAUAGGGCUAUGGCAGACUUGGGCCAAGGACGGGGCUGUCGCGAUAAAUGGCUCAAGAAAUCUGAGGAUAUGCCGGGGUAGGGAGGCGGAGAAUCUCUUCAAGGAUAUUAAAGCCGUCUAGGGUCGUCAAGCCAAGAACUGUUUGAGCAAAUGGAGAGGCACAGUUGCCCGCGUAAUUUUCGCUGGGUUCAUGCUGGGAUCUGUUAAUGGGACAAGUGGAUUAAAGCAGCGCUACUUUCUUGCACUGUCCCCCACCCCUUCUAGGCGUCCACCAAAAUAAUGGGGGCAUAACUUGUGAGCUGACCUAGAACCAGCAAUUCCUUCCGAGUUGAUUCUGUCUACUCUAGGUACAAUGCAUCCAGACAAAAAUGAGAGUUUACUGUCAACAGUCUGUUAACAAGUGCAAUAAACCUCCUCUUCCAUAUUCAAUGUUGACACCGCCUAGGCGAGGUAUUUAAUCACGUGGAGAGCGCACAGGUGAACACUAUUUCCAACGGCAAGGUCGGUGGGUCAGAUGGUCGAACAAUCAUCACACCAACAUCCAACGCGCGUGAUGAAAUUUCAAAGAUUAACAACUCGAAUAUCGACCAUCGAACAAUCAUCACGUCAGGUGCGAAAAUCCGAUGAAGGGGGUAGCUGCUAAUUUUCAUAGGUGUGCGGUAGCAUGGUGACUGCAUUCUAUGAAUACUGCAACCCCCAUGUGCAUGAACUACCCGUAUCUGCCAUUGCCUCGGACUGCGGUUUCGGACAGAAAUCCAAAACGUCAGGCAAAUAAAGCGCUUGUCUCAACGAUCGUGUCUGCAUCUUUACGUCUGCUUCCUGGAACUCGUCCCCUCGUUCCUAUUAGUACAUAGGACCACUGUCCACGACUUUUUAUUCGAGAACAACUGCGCGUUGAACACCAAAACAGGGCAGUGAUGCAGUGGUCUGAUCACCAACACGGAGAUGGGUGUAUCAUUAAACCAGUUGGUGCCAUCUCAGAAACAUAACAAGUUUGAGUUCAGUGGCAGUGGGAUUAGCCUUCCAACCACGAAUGAGUCCGAGGACCUAGAAGACAACAGCUUACGAAGUAUCAAGAUCGAGGACUAAACUGCGCGUCGGAUUUCUAAGGCCUACCGGCGAUUUGGUCGGUUGCAAUAUGCGGUCUGAAAUCUCCUCUUCCACCACCACCACCACCACCACCACCACCACCACCACCACCACCACCACCACCACCACCACCACCACCACCACAACCACCACCACCACCACCACGACCUCGACACGUACCUGA